AUUCGACUUGACCAGUGACGAGGAUGUUUGGUCCGCAAUUUUCGGUACCAUGGCGGCCGGAAUGUAUCGCUCAUGUCUGGACCAAAUGGUGGCGCAAAGGCUUUUGGCUUCUCGAACACUUCCCGAAGCGCGAAGAACAGCCGUUACGAGCGCAUUCUUGCUAGCUCUGACGUACACCAUGCCAUUCAUCAUGGCCCUGGCCCUGACGGCAUGGUUUCGUGGGUGUGACCCAACUCUUCUAGGGGCAAUAAAAAGCAUGGACCAGAUAUUGCCGUAUUAUGUCCGAACAUACUUGGUGGCUGUUCCUGGACUAAGUGGACUCUUCCUUGCCGGUAUCGUCAGCGCAGCGACAAGCACUGUGUCGUCGGCGAUUAAUUCUCAAGCUGCCAUUUUAUAUGUCGACGUAAUUGCUCCUCGCUAUAAGAGUGCUGAAGUGCACGUUCUGUGGAUUACACGGGCCAUUGCUAUGACUUUAGGAGCUGUAAUGACAGUAUACAGCACCGUAUGCCUGUACAUGGGAUCAAUAACAACGAUAUUUUUGAUGGUCAGUACCGGCUUGACGGCACCGUUCGUUGGAUUGUGUCUCCUUGGUGUUUUAUUUCCCUUCGUACACUCCAAGGGUGCGGGUGUGGCGACGCUCAUCAUGGUCGUUUAUCAGCUCAGCCACACGGCGAAUAUGAUGGUUCGUGGAAAGAGGCCACAAAGGAUGCCGGUAUCGCUUGACCACUGCCCAGGAAAUCUCAGUCUGCGCGUGGAAGGCAUGAACAUCACAUCUUUGCAGGAUACUGCUUCAUCAGAGGAGACAUUCUUCUUCUUCCGUCUGUCGCUCCUGUGGAGUAGCGCUUUUGCAAUUCUGGCAACAAUAUUUCUUGGAGUGGUCCUUAGCGCCUUAACAGGCGAAAUAAAGAAUAAAGAGGAGCAACCACAGCUGUGCAGUGAUGCUCUUGUACGUAUAUGGAGGGCAAGGAGAGCACCCCAAGUAACCAAAAGGCUGGAGAUGGAAGAAUCAAGACAGCUUAAGAACAGCAAGGAAAAUAGAGAAGCCGAAAGCGAAAAUUUGUUUCCACAGAUCGCAGAGACUGAUGUUUAAGGACUGCCUCGUAGUGCACAAACAGCUGGAUAUCAAAAGGAAAUUUGCAAGUUAGCUCUUUUUCAUCGUGUCGGCGAGAAUUCGUUGAGUGGGAAUCAAAAUUAGCACGUUUUAUUGGUGUUAAAGCAAUGCUCGUAUACAAAGGAAAUGGAGGGCUUUCAUGAACGGGCUUGAGGUCCUGUCAUACAGUGUCCCCAUGUUCUUGAAUAUUGCGCUGUGAGACA